GGAGUGUCUUUUACUAUCUAUGGAACAACUAAGGACCUCACUUUCAGCGAUUGGUACCCGUCUUGACAGCAUCAGAGCAAAAGAUUGUGGAAAAAUCUACCGAAUCUCCAAAGGCUCUAUGGAUUCUGGAAUCUACACCAUCUACCCGCGUGCGUCGGGCGGCGGGAACAACAGCGCCCCUCUCCGUGUGUUCUGCCGUGUGGAGGCCGGCCGAGCCUGGACCGUCAUCCAGCGGCGACAGGACGGCUCUGUGGACUUCUAUAACCGGACAUGGGAGGACUACAGCCGGGGCUUCGGCAACCUGACGGGAGAGUUCUGGCUCGGCAACGACAACAUCCAUCUACUCACCAGCCAGGGGAGGUACAAGCUGGAUGUUGACUUAAGAAGGUUUGCAAAUUGUUUUAGAAAGAAAUGCCAUCCGGCCGCCGAGUUCUAUAUGCAAUAUGACAUUUUCCUCGUGGAAAAUGCCCAGGCGAUGUAUAAGUUACAUUUGGGGAAUUAUACGGGUACUAAAGGGCAGAAUUGGUGGAGAGGUCAGAAUACCGCGAUAUUUCGUAACAAACCUUGCUCUGAAGGUUCUCAUAGCCGCUCCUGCUAUCUGUUCAAAAUGGGAGGGUUUUGGGUUCAUCGAUGUGAUACUUUGAACCCCAAUGGUUACUAUUAUCAUAAUGUUACGGACUGCCCUAAAAAAUCUCAAUGGAAACCCCCCGGGAUUUUUACCUUCAGGUAUAUUGAAAUGAGGAUCUCUAAAACAGAGUAGCAACAGAAUGACACCCCUAAGGAAACAGGGCAAUUAACGAUGUACAGUCAAAUAAGACAAAAUGCUCAUUCUUAAACGUUUUUCUCAAGGCUUAGAAAUAUACGGCAACAAUUAUAGGUUGGGUGUUUCAUGUCUGAACACGAGUAAAUCUGGAAAGGUUAUAGCUGGUAAACAAGGGAAGGUUCAUGGCACAAAUUCAGUCAUAGAAUAGUCCACCUUACCUUAAUAUAUGUAUGCAUUGUGAUUUGUGUAAAUAUGCAUAUUUAAGCGGUGAAGCAUAUUUUCAAUUCAUCCAGAGUUUUGAAGAUAGAAUUGUAUUUUCACAUUGCAGUUACAUGAUAAUAAGAUAUCAUAUCAUUAUCAGUGCUUCAUCAUUUCCUUGGGUCUACAUACACGACAUUUUCUGCAUAUACGUUGUUUCAUA